CCUCUCUCUACAGAGAUGAUCACCGGCGGCGGCGGAAGCACGAAGCUCAUCCUUCUCCACCCAUCAUCAAUCCACAAACAAGGAUCAAAUCAUUUCUCUAACCGUCUCUGGCUCUUCAUUUUCACCUCAUUCUUUCUCUUCGCUUUCAUCUGCACUCUCAUCACCUCAAGAGAAUCCACCGCCGGCGCCGGCGCCACAUCCGCCGUCAAUUCCAACUCCCCACUUCCCAAAUCCAUCUACCUAGCCCUACUCCACUACGCAUCUUCUUCCAAUUUCACCACCACCGGCGGCGACAGAAUGUCAUUGGCCGAGAUCAAAUCCAUCGCCUCCGUCCUCCGCCGCUGCGCCUCACCCUGCAAUUUCCUUGUUUUCGGCCUCACCCACGAAACCCUCCUCUGGAACUCGAUCAAUCACAAUGGGCGAACAGUAUUCGUGGAUCAAAGCCCGUAUAUGGUUCAGAAAAUCGAGGAGAAGUAUCCUGAAAUUGAAGUUUACGACGUUCAAUACACGACGAAGGUAAGAGACUUGCACGAUUUGGUGGAACAAGCUAGGGUGCAGGUUAAUAAUGAAUGUCGACCCUUACAGAAUCUCCUGUUUUCGGAUUGUAAAUUGGGAAUGAAUGAUCUUCCAAAUCAUAUCUAUGAUAUUCCAUGGGAUGUUAUUUUAGUGGAUGGGCCACGUGGGUAUUAUUCAACGGCGCCGGGGAGAAUGCCGGCGAUAUUUACUGCGGCGGUGCUGGCUAGGAGCAAGAAAGGAAGUGGGUUUGGCGGCGGGAAAACGGAGAUUUUCGUGCAUGAAUUUCAUAGGAAGGUGGAGAAAUUGUGUAGUGAAGAAUUCUUGUGUAGAGAGAAUCUGGUGGAGAUAAUAAAGGGAUCGUUAGCACAUUUUGUGGUGGAGAAAAUGGAGGUCAAUUCGUCGGAGUUCUGUCCAACUCAUUCUCGGUCGUGA